GCGCGCCGGCCGUUCGAUCUGUCGAGUGAAAGGCAGACUCGACUCGUCGCCGGGGUCAAAAAAGCCCGAGACGCUUCGUGUCGUGCCGUUGGCCGUUGGCGUACGCCGCACACCACACCGCCCCGCGCGGCUACUCCUCCACUCCCUACGCGCUCUUAGACUGGGCAGGAACGAGGCAAAGCGCGGAGGAGUAGCCGGGCGGGGCUAUAACUUGUUGCGCCCACGCCUUGCUUUGCCUCGUUCCGGCUCGUUGCUUGCGGCCGAGGGCAGAGCUGGUCGAUGCGGCCGAGGGAACGCCGCUGCGACGCGGACGGAGAGGAAGACGACGAGGCUGGACGCUCGUGCUCGACCACGGACCCCAACACCAGCACGAGCUCCAGUACGGGUGCUAGUAGCGGCGCGAGGAGGAACGGUGGGGGAGCGGCGGCGGGGAGCAGCCCCGUAUCGGGGGCGACCAUCAACCUUAGCCAGGAGUACACGCUCGCCAUCCAGACCAGCUCCUACAACGAGAUCUGGGCCAAGAUCCACGUCACCGUCGACGGGCAACGGGUUGACGGCGGCGCCGGCGACGAGGAUGAGGAGGACAGGUGCACCCUGGCCGGCGUGCUCCUACCGGAGGACCCAGUGGUGGAACGUGCGCUGGGGGACGCGCCCGACACCGAGCUGACCCGCCUCGCCUCGGACUACCUCCGCACCACGCACCACGCGUCGCUGCUCUGCUUGUCCCUCCGCCGGGCACUGCAUCGCGCGCGGGCGCUGUACGGUCCCAUCACGGACAUCCUCGCGCUGAUACCGCACGCGCCGGCUCUCACCGCGACACAGUGCGACUGCGCGUUUGACGCCUUCCACCUGUUCGAUCAAAUGCCCAACCCGUUCCUGCCCCACGCAGCCGGCUUCCAGGGCAUGCAUCGAAGCUUUGCUGGCCUCAAAACCCAUCUUGACCUCCGCCUCCUGAAGGCCCGGCGAAGGCGCAGGUUGCUGCGGUGUGCAGCGCGUGGGUCUGGCAUCUGCCUCAUCGCCUGCGCAACAGGUGCUGCAAUUGCUGGCCUCCUGAUCGCGACCCACGCUGUUACUGCAUUGUUGGCUGCCGUCCCUGCCUGUGCAGCUUCGCGUGGCUCCUGCUGUCCAGCACCUGCUUGGAUGAAACGCUUGCAGCAACACAUGGACCGGCUUGAUGCCGCAGCCAGGGGCGCCUACGUCUUGAACAAUGAUGUGGACACCAUUGAACGGCUGGUGGGCAGGCUCCACGCCACCAUCGAGAGCGACAAGAUCUUGGUCCGGAUGGGGCUCGAGCGUGGGAGGGGGCAGCACCACACCAUCGAAGAAGUUGUUCGGCAGCUCCGGAAGAACCAUCCUAGCCUCCUACGCCAACUCACCGACCUCGAGGAGCACAUCUGCCUGUACUUCGCAGCUGCGAACCGUGCAAGGUUGUUCCUUGUAGACCACCUCAUUGCCCAGUCUGGUACCAACACCGAGUUGCCUGUGUCAUGAUCUACUAGUCAACAACAGUUUCCACUUUCAACAAUGCUUUCAUGUAGGUUGCCCCCUCAUGACCGCCAAGUGAAUUAUGCUGCAGCAUGUCUGCACAAGUUCUUUUGUCUCAAGCAAUGUAUGAUGCGUUCAUUGUCGCUUGCUUUUGCUUGUCACGAUGUGUACGUGUGUGUCUUUUUCAUCAUUGCUUAGUUGAACACUAUUUUCAAUUUCAUACAUGUGGCCAUAUUAUUUAAUUUUACUAUCAUUACUAUAGUUGAAUAAUAAAGCUAUGGCUCCGAAUUGACUUUUCAGUUCAGUCAAGGACAUUUCCUGCUGUUAGAGAGUCAUGGUACUAAAAGCUAAUUACUUCUGAAGAACUUUGGGAAGCUUUAAUCUGGCCCAUAUUUGACACCUCCUGCCGUAAGAGAUUAGAGAAUCACUAUGCUACAUGUUAAUUGUUUCUGAAGAACUUCUGAAAGUUUUAAAUUGGCCCAUACGUGACAUUCCUGCUGUUAGAGAAUCAUGGUGCUACAAGUUAAUUACUUCUGCAGAAUUUUUAUUUUAGCCCAUACUUUAACAUCUUUCUCAGAUCAAAUUGAAUUGAAUUGAUUUGCCAAUUUGAACGGUUGCUUGUAUACCACAAUGACAGGUACACGACAAGCAAUAUGUUGCACAUGACUAUUGAGUAUUGACAGCUACCACAAAAUAUUUAAUCAUUUAACUGAUCUUCAAACUUGAAAGUGCAUACUGCUUUUAACAUUGAUAUUGGCGGCAGGUUUAGAAUGGAAAACUUCAGAUUGCUUAGUAUUCUAUGAAAAAUUGUAUAAGAUUUUUUUUGCAAAAUUGUUCCAGUUGAUAAAGGUUUCUCUUGGUCAUUAAGUUGCGUUUUGCACAUUUUACCCUUUUGUAUUUGUAUGUUUCCUUGUAGCAGGCACGUCUGAUUCUAGAAACAACUGGAAAGAAUUCACACUGAUAGUGUUCAUAAUCAUACCGUGAUCGAUCUGAUCAUAAAGCAUGGCCCUGGAAAGUGGAAACAAUAACACAGCUUGAAGGUGUGACCUUCAUAACUGAAGUUAAGAGCUGAUGUUCCAAGCGCUAUCUUUGUGUUUAUCUGCUACACAUGGAAUGAUUUAAAGGGUGCAAGGGAAGCUCCGAAUUCUGUUUUAAACUUUUGUGGCUUGUUUGCUGCAGCAUUCUUGGCUGAUAUUGAGGUGUAAAUUGUGACAAAAAGGAUCCUAGUUUACCCAUAAGAGAUCACCGUAUGGAUCAUGGCAUUGACCUCAAAACAUCGAUGGCUCGUGAAAUUACUAAAGGUUUGGUCAACGUCAAGAUAUAUGGUGUUAGCCUGACCUCGAGCAAAGGGGACAGAUUUGAUUAAAAUUCUACACUGGGAUUAUUUUUAACUCUACUUUUAGAAAACAUAUUUUUUGUCGAUUUACACGAUAUUGUGGUGAACACUCCUCUAUGUCCAGCAACACCUUUGCAGAGAUGUUAUGUAACAGUUGACUCUAGAUCCAGAGAGAUAAACUGAAUUUAAGGAGAUUCGGACUCCUCCA